CCGUGUGUGGAAACACGAAAACCAUUCAGCGUACAAGUGGGAACGAUGAAUUCGCUGGAACAAGCAGAAGAUCUGAAGGCCUUUGAAAGAAGACUGACAGAAUAUGUUUCAUGUUUGCAGCCUGCGACUGGACGAUGGCGAAUGAUUUUGAUAGUGGUGUCUGUCUGUACAGCAACGGGAGCUUGGAACUGGUUAAUAGAUCCUGACACACAAAAGGUGUCAUUCUUCUCUUCCUUAUGGAAUCAUCCUUUCUUUACGCUGAGCUGCAUCACCCUAAUUGGCCUGUUCUUUGCAGGAAUUCACAAAAGAGUUGUCGCUCCAUCAAUUAUUGCAGCCAGAUGUCGGACAGUGCUAGCUGAAUACAACAUGUCCUGUGAUGAUACGGGGAAACUUAUCCUGAAACCACGACCGCACGUUCAAUAGCAUCGUUCCUUGUUGCAAGCUGGAGUGACUUCCUGUAGAAUUAGUUUGUCAGUUAACACUGAAGAGAACAAAAAGCCUACCUCACUGGAGUCAUUAUUGCAGUGAGAAUGAGAGGAUGGUGGAAUGUAAAAAUGUGGAACUAUUUUUGUGAGGAGCAGAAGAACACAUUAAGGUGCCUUCCAGUCACACUUUAGUGUUGCUGUGUCAUUUUACAAGCCAUUUUUUGUGUAUAAACACUGUUAUAGGUGCCCCAUGAAAUGUUUUGUUUAUUCACCACAAGUUUAGUCCAUUUCUAAUGUCUUGUUUUGAAUAGGUGUUUUGGUUUUCCAAUUUUUAGACAAAACUGUGAACAUAUAGUACAUAAAGGUCUUACCUUGUAUAUAUAUGAUAUGUGUGACCAGCCAGCACACACCUGCUUUCUUUUACUGUAUUUAUCUUGGUUUUGUAAUGACCAUAAAUAAUUUUGAACAACCAAGCGUCAGAGAGCAAGUACAUGCAUGUGAUUUUUAUCUUUUAAACAAAUUUAAACGGAAAUACCACUGUCAUUUUAUACCCCAUUACUUUGAUAGUAUUUGUUGCCAUAUUCAAUCCAGGAAGAAGUGAUACCAGAGUUCACUGUUGUCUGUUGAGGUUUGAUUAAUGGGAGUCUCGGUUUCCUGUAUUAAAAGACUUUAUUUAAAAGCAAUUUUAGAUUUGCUAUUAUCCUCAGUUUCUGCUACCACAUCUGUGGUCUUCAUUGUUGUCACAACUUAAAUAUUGCUCUGAAAAACAGUUCUUUGUGUAUUUAUUAAACUUGUAAUAAUAUGACCAUUCCAGCACUGUAAGCUACAAAGGUAGGCUGAUUAUCAAAUAAAUGAAAAAUAAAUUCCAGGUGUGUUGGUGUAAGUGUGUUCACGGCAGCAAUAUGUAAGGACUCGCGUUGUAUCACCAAAUUCCAUGCAAAAUGCUUUCAGGAAAGUGAUCUGUAACUUGACAUUUUUUAUGCUCAGAAAAAGGUGAAACAAGC